AUGGACGACAAGAUUGACCAGGCGGAAACCGCCAAGGGCGUCCACGCCGACAACGUCGAGAACCAGCAGCCCCAGGACCCCAAUGCGCCUCGCACCAUGGACCCGGCGCGUCGUGCUGCCGUUGAGAAGAGCAUGAAGCGCAAGCUCGACACGCGCUGCUCUCUUUUCGUGCUCAUCUACAUCCUGAACUACCUCGACAGAAACAACAUCGCUGCCGCCCGUCUUCGCGGUCUGCAAGAUGACCUCAAGCUCGACAACACGCAAUACGCCACCUGCUUGAGUAUUCUCUACGUCGGCUACAUUCUCAUGCAGGUCCCCUCGAACAUGAUCAUCAACAAGAUCUCCCGCCCAUCGUUGUACAUCUCCGCCGCCAUGCUGGUCUGGGGUCUCAUUUCGACCCUGUCCGGUGUCACCAACAACUUCGGCGGCAUGGUCGCCACCCGUUUCUGCUUGGGCUUCAUCGAGGCCGCCUUCCUGCCCGGUGCCCUGCUCAUUCUCUCCAAGUGGUACACCCGCCGCGAGCUGACCACCCGCAACGCCAUCCUCUUCUGCGGUAACCUGAUCUCCAACGCCUUCUCCGCCCUGGUCGGUGCCGGUGUCCUGUCCAACAUGCAGGGCGUUCUCGGACACGCCGCGUGGCGCUGGCUGUUCUGGAUCGAGGGCGCCGUCACCAUGGCCGUCGCCAUCUCCGCUGCCUUCAUCCUCCCCGAUCUCCCCACCAACUCCAAGGGCUUCACCGAGGAGGAGCUGUACGUCGCCCAGCUCCGCAUGACUGAGGAUGUUGGUGAGGCCGAUGCCGAUUCCGCCGACAUGGGACCUCUGGACGGUCUCUACAUGGCUGUCAAGGACGUCAAAAUCUACGUCAUGAUGCUGACCUUCACUGCCUACGUCGUCGGUCUGUCUUUCAACGCCUUCUUCCCUACUCUCACCGGCACCCUCGGCUUCGGCUACGUUCCGACUCUGCUCAUGAGCUCUCCUCCCUGGGCCUUCUCCUGCAUCAUCUCUCUCAUCAACGCCUGGCACGCCGAUCGCACUCAGGAGAGAUUCUGGCACAUUGUCGGCCCCAUCUGCGUCGGUCUCGUUGGCUUCAUCAUUUCGAUGUCGACUCUGAACGUCGCCGCUCGCUACAUCGCCCUCUUUCUCCAGGCUAGCUCUUACGCUGGAUUCAUCGUCUUCUACUCCUGGAUCUCCUCUUCCUUCCCCCGUCCCCCGGCCAAGCGUGCCGUCGCCAUCGCCAUGAUCAACGCCUUCUCCCAGCUCGGCAACGUCGCCGGCUCCUACGUCUGGGACCUCAAGGAGAACGGCUUCCGCAAGAGCUACGGCAUCGUCACUGCCAUGUUCGGUGUCACCAUCAUCGGCUGCUACAUCUUCAAGCGCAUCCUCGACAACCUCAACAAGCAGCUCGAGGACGGCGAGCGCGCGUGGGAGGUCCAUGGUGACGUCGCGCACCAGACCGCUGAGAUCACCAACACUGAGGAGAUUGAGGCGGCGCGCAAGAUGGGCAAGGGCUUCAGGUACCUCGUCUAA